AGCAAAGAAACGAUAAAGAGGGAAAAAAAGUCAAUAAUAACAUUAGUCAUUUCAAUUGCAAUGAUGAUACAAAUACCAACUAAAGCUAUAGCAUUUGAUUGCGAAUAUGUUGGCGUUGGCAUAGAGGGCAAAGACAAUAUGCUUGCACGUAUCUCUAUCGUUAAUAUGUAUGGACACUGUAUUUACGACAAGUAUGUGAAACCCGUAGAAAAAAUUAUUGAUUAUCGCACUGCAAUAAGUGGUAUAAGGCCAAAACCAUUCCAGAAGGUCCAGUUGGAAGUACACAAAUUGCUCACUAACCGCAUAGUUGUUGGGCAUUCAUUAAAAAACGAUUUUAAGGUUUUGAAUCUUUCACAUCCACGUAAAUUAAUAAGAGAUACUGCAAAUUACGUGCCAUUUCGCAAAGCACUGCAAAUCGUAAAAACUCCAUCACUCAAGUUAUUGGCUAAAAAAUUGUUGGGUAUAGAUAUUCAAAGUGGUGAGCAUGAUUCGAUCACUGACGCUCGAGUCGCAAUGAAACUGUACAUUAUGCAUCGUAACCGAUGGGAAAAUGAUAUCCACAGGUAA